AAGUCAAAGCAACAACGGCUCAAGCCAAAAAGACCCUCAGCCAUAUUCUGGUUUCAAUUCAGAAAGAGCUGUCAAAAUCUGACCAAACGGUGACUGCACUUUCACAAAUAGAGAAUGUGGUUGGAAUGAUGCUGAAGGAUGUUGAAAGGGUAAGCAGUGAAUGUGGUGAGGAACUGAUCUAUCAAGCGCCACAGCGUUCUUCCUCCUCGUUGUCAUCCUCAUCUGCCAGAUCAAAGAAGUCAGAGUGGGAAUUUUCACUCCCUGGCACUCCCAUCUCUUCUGAUUUACCAGAGAGUAUUACUCAGCCCAUUGUGAGAUGCUCAGUCAUCGACAUGGGCAAAUCUACUAAGCCAAAAACAUCGGUGUGUGAUGCCAGGGAAAGCAUGUCUGCAAUAGUGGAUACCAUCAUAAAGGAGGUACAUCCAGAGGAAGAAGGGGAGGUUGCAUUCCACCCUGAUCUAUCAGCUGCAAUAGCAAGACUGGAGGAGCUCAUAUCUCAGGGUAGGAUUGGUGCUCUCUCACGUGAUCUUACUCACCAAGUCAACCGCAUCAUUUCUGAGAGCAACUUGACCCCUCUGGUUCUGACAGUGGCGGCUGGAAAGAGUGCAUCCGAUACAGUCCUUACUGAGCUGAAGAGGAAUGACAAGACGGUGGGGAAGCCCACAGCUUACAAGCUGGUUCAGCUUUUUGCAGAGGAGUCUGUGAAGCGCCUCUUGCUUCCUAGCCUUGUGCCCUCUACAGCUUCAAUGAGUUUGGCUCAGGGAGUUAGUGUGCCGGCUAGCGUAUCUGAAGAUAGGAUUUCAUGUUCUUUUUCUACAUCAGCAUUUAGUGACACAGUCAGCCUGUUUACCAAAGUAAUGGUAAGCCAGGUCAUGGACUCUGUGGUUUCUGAUGCACAAAGCAGAGGGUCAUCUCCAACCGGAACUGUAACUGAUAUAGGCAGUCUACUGAGUGGUAAGUCCUACCCUCUGCCAUCUUUCUCCACCAUCAGCAUGACAACAAGUGGGACCUCCAAUGCUGCACGAGGCUUUGAGGCCAACAUAGAUGCUGAGGAAAGGGAUACCAUCAGUUGUUUCGGUGUACCUCAGAGCAUUGUUUGUGAUCAGAAUUCAACCAGCCCGGAUGUUGCCUCGCUUUCAACCCCAUCCACUGACAACUUAGUCGGUGAUGAUGACUUCACCGGCCUCAUCAGCAUGUUAGUGGUGAGACUUCUGUCAAAAAUCCAAACCCAAACUGAUCUGUACCCAACUGACGUCACACGCACGUCACAAGACCUGAUUCCAAAAGUUAUAGCUGCCUUCUGUGCAUGGUCAGGCUGCUCUGAGACCCAAGCUUAUCCCAAGAACCUGAAGAGUCACAAAGUAUACAGCACCGUCUACAAACAUCUGUUGAAGGAGUUUGGCUCAGAGAAAAUACUCCAACUGGCCGUGUCGACUCAGGACUCCACUUUCAAUAGGAUUCUUGUGAAGUCAUUGAGCAAGGAGCUUCUCCACAGUUGUAACGAGGCAUCAAGAGCAGCCUCAAGAACAUCUUUCGAAGCCACCAGGCCAGAAGCUCUUCUCAUGGCUGAAGAUGUGAAGGCUACCAGAGGGAAGCUGUCUUUCCUACAAAGGCUUGCCAGACUGAAAUUCAACUUAAAGCCAUUCAUGAUGGGAAACAAGAAGGAUUCCAAUAAGAAAUCCCGCCAUUCUGAAUCCAAAGACCAGACUACUGCUGAAGAUAUCAUGUUGGCACAUCCUGCCACAUUUGGACUCCCAGAGGGUCUUCCCUCCACCUCUCAACAGGAGAAGCCUCGCAAACGUCCCCUUCUAAUCAGGAUGUUUUCCACCAUCUCCAUAGGCCUAUCCAAGCCAUUCAAACGCUUUUACCUUCGACAUCAACAAGCGACGCACGGGCUGGUCCUGCAGACUCCCACGCCCAUGGCCCAGGAGAAGGCUGGGGGCCACCUGCUCACUCACGUCCCAGCCAUCUCCUUUGAGACCGACUCUACUGUGGAGUGCACCUCCAAGAGGACUCCGGAAGAGAGGGACCGGGUGAAGGUUAAACUGGCCAACAUGGCCUUGAUGGGAAGGAUCAAAAGUCUUGGCUGUGAAAUGCCCAUUAUGUGUGAUUAUCGAAUUGAUCAUUUUCCACUUUUGAAACAACAAUGGGAAAGACAGGGUUUAUAGCAAAGGUUGCUCAGAUUGGGCUUUUGGAAAAAUUGGGAGAAUGAAAGUGCACUCCUGAUUCAGAGAGAAAGAUCCAGCUUAAUCAUCCAUACCAUUGUUUAAAUUACAAUAAAAAAAACAUUCAAACUGUUCCUGAGUUUUGAAAGACAGAGAAAGGAAAACAUCAUUAUCUUCAGUCUGUUCACACCUGUUCACACAAGUCCUACUGUCCACAAUCUCAGGGUUCUUCAAUACAAACACACCUGUUUCAGAAAACCUGAUCACUUUCACAUUCGAACAAUGUUUGUAGGAUACUUUUCAAUAACUCAAUAAAUGUAAGUGUUGAAACCAUACAUAGCUGGUAACUUGAGCUCGGCAGAGUAGUUUUGACCUGUGUCCAGAUGCAGUCAUUUAUGUUGUCUAAAGACAAUUUGUCUCUUAUAACAAUGUUAUUUUUCUGAAUAAUCUAAUUUAAUUGACUGGUGGGUAGUCACUAACUAUUUGUAGCAUGUGUUCCUCUGUUUAUUGAUAUUUACAUGGUGUGUAUGUGUUAAGAUGUUAAGUAAUUAAUGUUGAUAUUAUCCAAAGGGUUUUUAACUGAAAUGUUAAAUGUUGGUGUCUCGAUCUCAGACAUUUACGCUCAUAUUUGUAAAUAGUAUUUCAAAAAUGGCAGAAUCAAACAGUAUUGGAAUAGUGACUUGUAUUUUGCAUCUAGAAGUGUAAGAAUUUUAGAAGAAUGCUAUUUCAUCAGUCAAAUGUUGCACUGUUUGAUAAGACAGGGUAAAGAAAACCUCAAUUUUAAUGAGUUUAGUUGUGAGUUUGACAUUUUACCACAAGAAGUCACUAUAAUACUAUACGUUAUCAAACAGGGUUGUGCUGAAAAUCAAAUGAACUACAGUCAAAUUAAUUAUUUGCAACUAAGAGUAAGAUUAAAAAAGACAUGUAUAACUUACUUUCUUGAUAAAAUACAUUCUAAAAUGUCAAUAUAUGUGAUUUCUGAGUAUGUAGUGCACAUAUCUUUUUAAGGCCCAAAGCAGACGUUUUUAUAUCAAUAUCAAAUCAUUUCUGGGUAACAAUUAAGUACCUUACUGUAAUAGAUUACGAUGAAAAUGGUCAAAAAUGUAUUUUUUUGCAAAAAAAACUUUCUCAAGCAAUAAUUUUGCUAGGACUGUCUGGGAGUGGUCAGUGUGGAGGGGAAAUUAAAACUAGCUGUUAUUGGCACUCUCUUUGUCGUUGGUCUAUAAACCAAUUUACACAUGGUGAUGUCGCCAUGGAAAGCCAAAACUCUGGCCCAUGCAAACCUGCUGAUUAGAAGGUGCUGUAUAGAUGUGAGAAACUCUCUUUUCAUGGCACUUCAAUAUCGAAGUGAAUUUUUCGUAGCAGGUUAGGAAACUGAGGUUAAGGUUAGGAAAAGGGUUAGGGUUAGUGAAAAUGCUCUCCAAACCUUCUACGAAAAUUACUUUGCAUUGAAGUGCUGUGAAAAUAAUGUGUCCCUGCUCAGGUGUUGCAUGCAUCAACCAAUGGUUGUGUGCCAAGUCAUCCAUUGUGUCAUCGACUGACAGAUUGCUAUAACAUAUGAUGUGGUUAGCUGACACACAAAAUACCUAUCCAGGCAGUGUAAGAUCUGGCAAGUGUCAGCAAGGCCUGGGCAGAGGAACAUGCUCCGUAUUUUCAACCAGAACUAUCAGGAAGCACCCCCGAUCACAUUUUUGUAAAACACAUUUACAGUGUUAGUUUCAUCAGCUGUUGUACAAUAUGAAAUACAAUUAUUUUGACUUCACAGGGCCUUUAAAUGUAGGCAAACAAGUUUUCAGCAUUCAAACUAAUCUACCCAGCCAGAUUCAGCACCAUGGACAGUGAAGAUCAGAAUACCUGCGAUCUGACGAUUAGAACAACAGUGCUAUUUUUUUUUCACUCUGUCCAGUUUGAAAUAUAGUUGAAUAGUGAAGACCAGAGUCUAUCAAACUUGGGCUGUCUCUUGU